AUGAGCAGACCUGGUCUUCACUACCAGUAUCGCCACCGCGUUCAUAACCAAGUGGUGGAACCGAACCUAACGACAUCGAGCCUGAGCCUGAAACCUUCCCCCGCCGACCAGGACGUCGUGAUCACCUGUCGUGUUGAGAAUCCUGCCAUCCCUGGCUCCGUCAUGGAGGAGUCCUACAAGCUGAACGUGCAUUAUCCUCCUAUCACGACGCUGCGGGUGGGGCUGAGGCUGAACCCCGGCAGCGUCAGGGAAGGUUCCGACGUCUUCUUUGAGUGCAGCAUACAAGCCAACCCCCACACGACCAGCAUGUUCUUCCUGCACAUGAACGAGACGAUCCGACACAACGUCUCUGCCCGAGUGAUCGUGUCCAACCAGACGCUGGUGCUGCAGAGCGUCUCUCGCCAGCAGACCGGCCCCUACCGCUGCGGUGCGCGCAACGCCGUUGGUCUCGGAGUUAGCGAGCCCGUGCUGCUGCGCGUUCUUUACGCCCCCGUUUGUGCACCGGGUCAGAAAGUUGACUACGAAGUCUUGCGUUACCGAACCGCGAACGUUUCGUGCACCGUGGACGCACAGCCCAACAACGUUACGUUCACGUGGCUUUAUAACAAUACGGGCACGUUACUGGAUGUCGGAGAAGGACGUUCCACGUCACACAACAACGUCAGUAUUUUGCACUACACGCCGACGUCUCCAUCAGACUACGGGACUCUGCUUUGCUCAGCUAAGAACGUCAUCGGGGAGCAGCAAGAACCAUGCGUUAUCAGCGUGACUGCAUCCAAACUGCCUGAGCUGGUAUCAGACUGCAGGCUGCGAGCGCAGACUAGCACUGCUGUGAUCGUGACGUGCGUCAGCCUGCCCAGCGAGCUCCCCACCGCCUACUACAUGGAGGUGCGUCACUUCGAGGAGCUGCAGUUCGUGAAGCGCGUGUCGAACUCGACGCCGUACUUCGUGGCGGACGGGCUGGCCCCAGGCACGGACUACACGCUACACGUGUCCGUCGUCAGCCCCAUGGGCAACUCGACGCCCAUAGAGCUGCAGGCCUUCACCAUCAAGACGGCAGAGAAGAGGAUGGAACUGAGUGAAGCUACGAACCCAGCGAUGGCAUCACCCUCAUCACCAUCACCUUCAGUAUCCCCACUGGUAAUGGUGAGCAUCAUCGUGGUGGUGGCGAUGCUGGUUCUCUCCACUAUUGUGGUGAUGGCCGUCAUCAGAUGUCACCACAAGAGGAGGGCUCAGAGGCUACGUGAAGAAACUGAGACGAUUGCAACAGCAGGCAGCCGAAGCAGCGGGGGGUCUCAGUACAGUCCUACGUCAGUCCACUACACCGGGACUCUGUUAGCUCAACAACAGCAACAUGUACAACAGAAACAGCAGCAGACAGAUCAAGAGCUGCAACAUCGACAGUCGGCAUCCAUGCAGCCAAUUCCCAAUGAAGAGACCAUGCAAAUAAAGCCCGAGAAUACGAUGGGUCAGCAUCAGCUGUCAUCCAUGCUCCCUCUUAAUCACCCACAAAUGUAUAAAAAGUUUAUGAAAAUCGAGGAAUGUUCUGCGUUAGGACAGCUACGCCACUCACCUCUUCAGGGCGAAGAUUUUUUACAGCGUCAUUUGGUGCAGAAAGAACUUUGCGAUCAUUACCGACAACAGCAACAUCAUCAUCAGCAGCAUCAGCUGCAGCAAUACAAGUCCGAAAACUAUCAGAAACUGCAGCAUGAGAGGCCAAUUGACGCUGCAGCUGCUGCUCAAGCAGUCUGUGGACUCACUGACAAGCAAGUGCCACCGUGUACAGCUGAAGCUGGCAGCAGAGAAUAUCACCUGGAAGAGCUACGCGUUUCUCUCGCUUCCAUCGAUGGUCAGCACAACUUUUCUAGUCAGAUACCAAAGCAAAAUUUCCCUCCUCAGUUCCAAAUGUGGCCAAGUUCUUUGGAUGCUUCAACCGUACCAAUAGUAGCUCCCAUAUUUUCAUCUAGCAACUCCUCACUACUGCCUUAUCAAUCCUCCUUCGAUCAACAUACUUUGCCAAGACUGAGGCACCAACUUCAGAAAACUUCCCAGCCGAUGAAGGAUCAGACUCAACGAAGAUCCAGAACGCCACCUCCGUACCUCAGUAUGACGACGCAGGGGCCUUUCGGAUCAACAGCGAGUGAGUCAGGUAGCCUUCAAAUUCCUUCACCUACGCCUACGUAUACACCUCCAGAGGCUUUCAUGGAAGGUACAUCCUGCCAGAAUUCAGUGCGAGAAAGGAGUGCGUGCAACCAGGCAGAUAAUUGGGUAAGCUCUUCGAAUGGAAGCAAAUCAGAGGCCUUUGACGCCUCCAUGCUGCCUGAUCACUUGCCCAGCGUCCAGGUUAACCCUGGUGAUCCUUUGAACCGUUCUACAAUGCCAUACGUCAGUCCUAUUGAAAAGAUUAACCAUGGUGAUACUCUGAACCGUUCGACAGUGCCACGCGUUAGUCCUAUUAAAGAUAUUCAAAUUUCAACUUCUGCCCUGGCUGGCAAAUAUAAAUCCUCUACCCCGAUGUCCAAAUCAGAUGCCACAAAACCGCACGAUGAAUUAAAAAGUUCAGCCAGCAGUGACCCUUCCGAGGGUUCACCGCAUGGAUCAGUUGAUACAAUAUCUGGUAUGAACUCAACGACUGGGCGAUAUCUUACAGCUAGCAAAUCAUGUAAUCAUCCAUCUGAGCCACUUCAUUGUGAGGAUAGUGUUCACGUUCCUCAGAAGCACCAUCAUCAUCACCAUCACUCGCGCCACCAAGAACCACCGCAACCCAAGUAUCCCAAAAUACAGCACCAACCACACAGCAUGUGCGAGCAAUCACAAGAAAAUGUAUCGAAUUUGAUAUCGCAAGAGUCAAAAGUGAGUAAUAAUCUUCCAGUGAAUAAUAUAAUGUGCCACUGUCAGUCCCAAAGUGACGUAGAAGAUAAAAGAAGGAACAAAAAACUAUUUUCGCAAAACCCUGAUCGCACCAGCGCUUCUGAGAGCUCCGUAUAGCGAAGAGAUUUGUGUUCAAUGCGUUUUCAAGAUGCGCUGCAAACUAGCAGUGUACACUAAAUACCAUAAGAACUGCUCUACAGUAAUAUAGUGUACACUAAGUACUAUGAACUGCUGUUAAUUACCGGUUAAACUAUUUUUACCUAAGUUAAAUGAGAGUCUGUCGUGCUGCAAUUCGAGCUGCAUGAUGCUCGACGUUAGUU